AUGGUUACCGCAGCGCUUAAUCAGGGCGUCGGCUACGGCAUCGUCCUUGGUGUUGGAUUCCUCUUUGCCAUCGGCAUGAUCGCCACCACCUAUGUCCUCAAACGGUACAACAGAGAGUUGCAGACGUCCGAGAUGUUUACCACCGCUGGCCGAACUGUCAAGUCUGGUCUUGUUGGCUCUGCUGUCGUUUCAUCUUGGACCUGGGCAGCCACCCUUCUUCAAUCUUCUGGUGUGUGCUACCGAUAUGGCGUUUCCGGUCCAUUCUGGUACGCAUCUGGGGCCACUGUCCAAAUUCUCCUGUUUGCGACCAUCGCCAUCGAGCUCAAGAGAAGGGCGCCCAACGCCCACACAUUCCUCGAAGUCAUCAAAGCUCGUUACGGAACCCCUGCCCAUCUCGUCUUUAUCGUCUUUGGCCUCAUGACGAACAUCCUCGUCACCUUGAUGCUGAUCGUUGGAGGCGCCGCAACUGUGAACGCCCUGACUGGCAUGCACACUGUGGCUGCCAUCUUCCUUUUGCCUGUUGGUGUUGUGGCCUACACCAUCGUCGGAGGUCUCAAAGCAACGUUUCUCACAGACUUUGUCCAUACCUUCAUUCUCCUCAUUAUCAUCAUCAUCUUCUCUCUCACUGCUUACGCCAGCUCCGAUGUUCUGGGCAGUCCCUCCAAGGUUUACGACCUGCUCAUCGAAGCUGCCUCUCGCCACCCCGUCUCUGGAAACGCUGAAGGAUCCUACCUGACGAUGCGAUCCCAGGGUGGUGUUGAGUUCUUCGUAAUCAACAUCGUUGGCAACUUUGGCACCGUCUUCCUCGAUAAUGGCUACUAUAAUAAGGCUAUCGCUGCUUCGCCUGUACACGCUCUCCCCGGCUACAUCAUCGGUGGUCUUUCUUGGUUUGCCAUUCCUUGGCUCACAGCUACCACCAUGGGACUCUCUGCCCUUGCUCUCGAAAGUAACCCCAGGUUUCCCACUUUCCCCGAGCGCAUGACUGAAGCUGAGGUCUCUGCUGGCCUCGCCCUGCCCUACGCUGCGGUUGCACUUCUCGGCAAGGGUGGUGCUGUAGCCACUCUGCUCAUGGUUUUUAUGGCUGUUACAUCUGCCAGCAGUGCUGAGCUCAUUGCCGUUUCUUCCAUCUUCACCUACGAUGUCUAUCGCACGUACUUCAAGCCCGAUGCUUCUGGUGCUCGCCUCAUCCACUUCUCUCACGUCGUGGUCGUCUGCUAUGCACUAGUCAUCAGCUCUGUUUCCGUCGGCUUGUUCUACAAUGGCAUCUCUAUGGGCUAUCUCUACGUUCUUAUGGGAGUCCUCAUCUCGGCCGCCGUUCUGCCUGCCACCCUGACUCUCAUCUGGCGCGGCCAGAACAAGUGGGCUGCAACACUCACGCCCAUCUUUGGUACCAUCCUUGCCAUCAUUGCUUGGCUUGUUACGGCCAAGAAGGAUUGCGGCGUCCUCGAUGUCACUUGCACCGGGUCCAACACCCCUAUGCUAGUCGGCAACGUCGUGGCUCUUCUUUCUCCUCUGGUCCUUAUCCCGAUCUUCACCCUCAUUUUCGGUGUCGACAAGUACGAUUGGCAGUCCAUGAUGGAGAUCCGCAAGGGCGAUGAUCAUGAUCUCGCUAAUGCCGCUGGUGUCGAUUUGGAGGAGACUCCCGGUGGCCACCAGGAGACAAGCGAGGAAUUUGAGCGCGAACAGGCCAUGCUUCGUCGCGCGUUCAAGAUCUCAGUCACCGCCACAGUUAUCAUGACUCUUGCCAUGCUCAUUCUCUGGCCUAUGCCCAUGUACGGUUCUGCCUACAUCUUCAGCAAACCGUUCUUCACUGGCUGGGUCGUUGUCGGCAUAAUGUGGAUAUUCUGUUCCUUCUGCGCUGUUGGUCUCUAUCCGAUUUUCGAGGGCCGCGCGACCCUGAUUCACACGGUGAAGAGCAUGCUCGGUGGGAAAAAGCCCACGAGACACGUGAUCACCGAGGGCCAGGGAGAUGGCGAGGGUAUUUCAGGCACGGCGACGCCCGAUGACCACGAGAAGAAGAGGAUUGAGGGUCAGGAGAAGGCUGUAACUGAGCGAUAG